AUAUUGAUUGAAAUCCAUCAAGCAAGUUAGAGGCACACAUCUGGAUUGAAAUGCAUCUUUAGUGGACUAUGUUUGCGACUGGUCUCAUCUGCUACAACACUUCUUAAAUGAUAUGAACCUAUUGGUGAUAAGACUAACUUUAGGCCUAGCAAGCAUUUUAGUUGCAGACUGUCUCAAGCAUAACGAAGGUUCGAAGUCGAAUCCUAUUCACGGUGACUUUCUGUGCUAUGAGUCGACAAGGGCGGAUGUUGUAUUUCUUUUGGAUGGCUCGCAAUGCAUUGGCGAAGAUAAUUGGGAGUUGAUGCUUCACUUCGCGGCCGACAUCGCAGAAGAUCUCAGCUACGCCCAUGUCGAUGUCCGAUUCGCUAUUGUAUUCUUUGAAAGGCGGCAACCCUACAAAUAUGACUUUAAAGAGUUUCGAGACGUCACGUCUGUCAUUAGGACUAUCAUGAGGCUACCCUACGCCGCCUCACGGGGAAGCUUCUUGCACAGGGCUUUACGUAUGAUUAAUGACCAGGACAUGUUCGGUGAUGAGGCCGGGUCUAGACACGAUGCCGAGAAAGUUGUGAUAGUUAUGACAGACGGACGAUGGAAGAACGAGAGACAAACUUUAUUUGAGGCAGAAGAGCUGAAGAGACACGACGUAAUUUUUGUGUCUGUCGCUGUGGGACACCAUCCAGAAAUGAACGAGCUGAAAUGCCUGGCAUCUUGUCCUCGCUAUGUCUUCAACGUAGACUGCUUUGACCUGCUCCUGGUCUUCAAAAUUGACUUAAUGAGAAUCACUUGCAAAGACGUUCCGAUCACUAGUGAUCUAGUUUCCAGGGCUGUUCCUACUGAGUCUAGUGGACCAAUCUAUGUGAGUACUUCACAACAUGAGGUUUUCACAUCAGUACAUGAAGUCAGCCAGGACUUCAGCACAGAGUCCAAUACAGAACAUAUUCAGUCCCAUUCUUUCAGAACUGAUCUUACAAUCGCCUCUUCACAUGCAGUAGUCACUACCACUCAAAUAGCAUUGCAAACCUUAAACACUAGACAGUUAUUUGAAUCAAGUACAGAACCUUUAAUACAAUUUUCGAAAGAACCGUCUUUAAGCACAGAACCUCUUAGAAAAUUUAGCACGAUUCCACAUUUAACCACUGCUUUGGAAUCUACUGAAUCGCCACAAAAUUUAACUACCAAACCAGCUUUGAAGCCUACCAAAAUACCAGACUUAACAACUGAACCUGCAAUAGAAUCUACAAAAAUACCAACUUUAACAUCUGAAUCACCUCGAAAUUCAACCAAAGCACUUGAUCUAACAUUAGAACCUUCUAUUGAAUCUACCAAAAUACUGGACGUAACAACAAAGCCUGCUAUUGAAUUUACCAAAAUACAAGAUUUAACCACAGAACCUUCUCUACAGUCUACAAAAUUUAAAGAUUUAACCACAAAACCUUCUCUACAGUCUACACAAUUUAAAGAUUUAAUCACAGAACCUGCUAUACAUUCUACCAAAAUACAGGAUUUAACAUCAGAAUCUGCUGAAUACUCUACUAUAUUACCAGAUGUAACCACUAAACAUGCUAUAGAAUCUUCCAAAAUACUCGUAUUAACCUCUGAGCCUGUGAAAAAUACUUCUACAUUAUCAGAUACAAUCACUGAACCACCUAUAGAAUCUACACAAUUUCAAGAGUCCACCUCUGAACCUCCAACAAAACCUUCUAAAUUACCAGAUUUAACAUCUGAAACUGCUUUAGAAUCUACCAAAAUACCAAAUUUAACCUCUGAACCUGCUAGAACAUCUACUAAAUUACCAGAUUUAACAACUGUAACGCCCAAAAUAAUAGAUCUAACCACAGAACAUGCCAUAGAAUCUACAAAAUUACAUAAUGUUAUCACAAAACCUGCUAUAGAAUCUACCAAAAUCCUGGCUUUAACUACAGAACAUUCUAUAGAAUCUACCAGAAAACUAAGCUUCACCACGGAACCUGCAUUGGACUCGACUAAAAGCCCAGAUUCUACAACUGAAUCUGCUUUGGACUCAACCAAAAGCCCAGAUUUUACAACUGAACCUGCUAUCGAAUCUACCAAAUUAACAGAUAUAACAACUGAACUUUCCAUAGAAUCUACAAAUGUAACCACAAAACAUGUUAUAGAAUCUACAAAAUUGCCGGCCAUAGAAUCUAGUAAAUUACCAGAUGUAACCAGUGAACCUACUAUAGAAUCAUCAAUUACCAAUAUAACAACAAACAUUUUCAUGGAAUCUAAAUCACUUGCUAUGAACUCUAAAAGUAGUCUAGAAUUGUUAUCAUCGGAUGAAAGCAUCAUACCAAGUACAGACUCCACUUCAACAUUAGAUGUAAACACUAAGUACUCUGAAGAGACUACUUCAAUUGUUGAUCCGAAAACUAAACCCUAUUUAGAAUCGUCAACUGUCAUCCUUAGUGGUGCUCUAAGUAAGGAAUCUGCACUAACCUUUGACUCAAAUACUAAAUCUGCAAAAGAAAUAUCAACAUUUUUGGAAAGUACUAAACUUGAUAUAGAAAGUACUAAACUUGAUAUAGAAAGUACUACUAGCAAAUCAACUUUAUUUUAUGUUAGUACCGAGACUGAUUCGGAAUCUUCGUUGCACUUUGAUCAUAGCAGUAAACAUUUUAUAGACUUAACACCAUCGUCUGAUGUAGGUUCUUUAUCUGAUUUUAAAUCUUCAUCAACCUCUGACCAGAGCACUGAAAUUUCUAAAGGAUUUACCCCAACAUUUCAUGUCAUUACAGAAUCUGAUAUGUCAUCCUAUGUUAGGACUGAAUCUUUAUUAUCAUCUGACGUUACUAAUGAGUUCAAUACAGAAUUAACACCGUCUGUGAAAGAAACUAUCGGAUCACUGCUGAAUUCAAUCACUGAGUCGACACCGCUAUUAGAUUUGACCAUUGGACCUACAAUAGAGUCAUUACCACCGCUUCAUUUAAGCACUAUGCAUUUUAUGAAGUCUACACAAAUGAUAGAUUUAACUACACAACAUGUAAAAGAGUCUACACUAGCACUUGAUCUAAGCAUCGAACCAGCAACACAAUAUUCUACACUGAUAAUUUUAAGCUCUAAACCUUCGGGAGAGUCAACAUUAUCACUGGAUCUAAGCACUAAACCUGCUCUUAAGUCUACACAGUCACUAAAUCUAAGCACCGAAACUGCUAACUCUACUCAGACGUUAGAUUUAAGCACUGAAUCUGGUCUUAAGUCAAUACAGUCAUUCGAUGUAAGCACUAAACCCGUAAUGGAGUCUACUCAGUCACUAGAUCUAAGCACUGAACCUGUAUUUAAGUCUACACAGUCGCUAGAUCUAAGCACCGAACCUGCUAAACCUACACAGUCACUAGAUCUAAGCACUGAACCUGCUAAACCUACACAGUCGCUAGAUCUAAGCACCGAACCUGCUAAACCUACUCAGUCACUAGAUCUUAGCACUGAACCUGUACUUAAGUCUAUACAGUCGCUAGAUCUAAGCACCGAACCUGCUAAACCUACACAGUCGCUAGAUCUAAGCACUGAACCUGUAUUUAAGUCUACACAGUUGCUAGAUCUAAGCACCGAACCUGCUAAACCUACACAGUCGCUAGAUCUAAGCACCGAACCUGCUAAACCUACACAGUCACUAGAUCUAAGCACAGAACCUGCUAAACCUACACAGUCGCUAGAUCUAAGCACCGAACCUGCUAAACCUACUCAGUCACUAGAUCUUAGCACUGAACCUGUACUUAAGUCUAUACAGUCAUUAGAUGUAAGCACUGAACCUGCUAAAUCUACACAGUCGCUAGAUUUAAGCACUGAACCUGUAUUUAAGUCUACACAGUCGCUAGAUCUAAGCACCGAACCUGCUAAACCUACACAGUCACUAGAUCUAAGCACUCAACCUGCUAAAUCUACACAGUCGCUAGAUUUAAGCACUGAACCUGCUAAAUCUACACAGUCACUAGUUCUAAGCACCGAACCUGCUAAACCUACACAGUCGCUAAAUUUAAGCACUGAACCUGCUAAAUCUACACAGUCGCUAGAUUUAAGCACUGAACCUGCUAAACCUACACAGUCGCUAGAUUUAAGCACUGAACCUGCUAAAUCUACACAGUCGCUAGAUCUAAGCAUUGAACCUGCUAAAUCUACACAGUCGCUAGAUUUUAGCACUGAACCUGCUAAAUCUACACAGUCGUUAGAUCUAAGCAUUGAACCUGCUAAAUCUACACAGUCGCUAGAUCUAAGCACUGAAUCUGCAUUUAAUGCAUUUAAGUCUACAGCGUCAUUAGAUCUUAGCACCGAACCUGUCCUUACGCCUAUACAGUCGUUAGAUGUAAGCACCGAACCUGUUCUUCAGUCUACACAGUCAAUAGAUCUAAGCACAGAACCUGUUGUUGAUACUACGUCUGAAUAUUCAUACAGGUUUUCGUCUGAACUGUUAUCCAUUUUUUCUUCGUGGCAUUUGCACGACGUCUCCGUGUCACCUUCAUUGCUAUCCCAUGAUGACCAGGCGCAGACGACAUUACAUUUAUCUUUGCCAUCAUCUUUGAUUAAGCCAGGUAUUUCUCCAGUUUUGCUGCCCAGUUCCGCUCUAGCGACUCCGCCACCCCCAGCUCAACCUUGCCCUCAACACGCUCAGCUUGAUAUAAUGCUCGUUCUGGAAGCUUCUCCUGGAACUGGCUCCAGAAACUGGGUCUCGCUUAUCAAGUUUGUGAUAGAUCUCAUUUACUCUUUCAACAUUGGCCCCGACGAUGUCAAGUUCGGAGCCAUUUUUUCGAGCCAAGAGCCAGUGAAGCAAUGUGACUUUAACACCUAUCAGACCGUCAGCUCUUUGCUUAAGGCUAUUCUCAGCAUUCAGUUUCCCAGCAGGCCAGAAACGAAUACGUACAAAGCGUUGCGUCUGAUCACGCAGGACAGGAUGUUCAGUGUUGAGGCUGGAGGCAGAGUCAGCGCGAAGGAUGUAGUGAUUGUCAUCACCGAUGGAAACUCAACAUUUCCAAUGGAAACCCAAAAUGCUGCCGAUGACCUCAAGAAGAACGGAGUAACUAUCUACACUGUUGGAGUUGGCCCUCAUGUCAAUGAGAAGCUUCUUCAAGAUGUGGCGUCGAGUCCUGGACAGUUCAUCAAGUCAGACAGCUUUAGGUCGUUAGACAUUAAUAUGCUGAAAAUUUUGGAAGUUGCAUGUUCAAAUCACUCGAGCUCGAUAACUGUGCCUACUCUUUUGACCACUUCAGAGUUGUCUGCCGUUCAGUUUAGUUGGUCAACAGAAGUUAUUAGUUGGUCAACCGAAGCUAUUAGUUGGUCAACCGAAGCUAUUACUUCAACCACUACCAUGCCACAUGAAUCUACAUCCGGUAUUACAGUAACUCCUAGCCCAACCAUACCGCAGUGUCCAGACUUUCUUCAACUGGACAUUAUCCUGGUUCUAGACGCCUCUUCUAGUAUCAUCAGAGAUAAAGACUGGAAUUAUCUGACUCAAGCGGUUGGGCAAUUAAUUUCCUCACUUCCAAUUGGUCCUCAAAAUAUCAGAUUUGGUGUUGUUUACUUCAACCGCCGAGUGACCAAAGUCUGCGAUCUAAAAACUUACGACUCAAAGGAAGGACUUUAUAAUGCGGUAACACAGAUUAAGUAUCCUUAUGUUGCUGGGACACACACGCAUCGAGCGCUGGAUCAGAUCAUCAAUGAUGACAUGUUUAGUUCCAGAUCCGGUGGCAGAGAGGAGGCCAAGGACGUGGUUAUUGUUGUCACUGACGGCUGGUCAAACUUCCCCUUAAAAACUCUGAACUCUGCUAGAGAACUGAAGAUAUCAGGUGUUACUGUCAUAUCAGUCGGAGUUGGUACUGGCAUCAAUAUGGCUGAGAUUCAAGGAAUAGCCAGUGGUCCUGAUGACGUCAUAUUGGCCAGUAAUUUCCAGUCAUUGGAAGCAGUGUACAGAGAUCUUAUUGGGAUACUAUGUCGAGAUAUGAUGAGCACUAUAGACGCCGUGGCGUCAUCGCCAACUCUGUUGCAAUCAUCUUUUAUGGACAUUGUCUUUACCCAGCCUAAUUCAAUAAUUACAAGUAUUUCAAGCAAGCUUAAGUCUUCAGAGGGCAGUAGCUGCACCGUAAGCACACCAAUUCCGACAAUACAGGUAUGCCCAGAUACAGUUGAAGCAGACAUCAUAUUGGUUUUGGACGCCUCUUUGAGUAUUAGUGCCAAAAACUGGCCAUUUCUGACUAAAGUUGCAGGAGAGAUAAUCUCCAGAUUCACCAUAAGUCAGGAGAAAGUGAGAUUUGGAGCCAUUUUCUUCAACCGCAAACCAACCAAAGUGUUUGAUCUGAAAACCUACAAUAACAACAGAGAUGUUUAUGAUGCACUAGUCUCCAUAAAGUAUCCUCACCUAUCCGGGACACAUACGGAUAAAGCGCUUGAUUUAAUAACAACAGAUCAAAUGUUUUCCAGUCAGUCUGGUGGAAGGGACAGCGCUAAAGAUUUGGUCAUUGUCAUUACAGAUGGAUAUUCUUAUUACCCUGAAAAAACUCAAGAAUCAGCAGCAGAACUAAAGAAACAAGGUGUUACGGUCAUAAGUGUAGGUUUUGGUCCAGAUGUCAGCAUGACAGAGCUUGAAGGCAUGUCCAGUGGCCCUGGCCUGGUCUACCUGGCAAGUGACUUCCAAUGUUUACAGGACAUUCAGACCCAACUAAUCCAAAGGCUUUGUCAAAUCAUGUCCAGUAGUACCAUGUUGCCUUCUCCGUGUUUGACUUACAGUACUUGCACUACUCGAAAUACACUACCAACUGCAAUGUCUACCCAUCCUUCAACGGUGUAUGCAUGUCGGAACUUGACUUGUUCAUUAGAUCUCAAAGAAAUAAAUACUCCCGCUACUGCUCUAGUUCAGACAGAGUUAACUCCCUACAAGACUGAACUGACUUCCACCAAGCCGAUUCAGCCCAGUUGGUCUUCUGAAUCGACAGAACUGAAGAAAAUCACAAAUCUAGUCCAUACGACUAACGGUUUAUCAAGAAGUCUACAACAUCCUACAGAAUCGUCUCCAACAAGCUUUGCUUUUCAUAACACCCUCCAACCAAGCUGGACAUCAGAACUAACUAUCCAACACGAGUCCUCAGAAUCACUCUCUAGUGUUUCCAUUGUCUCUACGACGUCUGCAUUCAUUCCUUCAUGUUCGGACUCUGUUCAGUUGGACAUUGUAUUAGUUCUGGACGCUUCCUCAAGUAUUGGCUUGAAAAACUGGACGUAUCUUACACAAACAGCAGGGGACAUAAUAACCAGAUUUCCUGUCGGUGUCAGAUUCGCUGUCAUUACUUUUAAUGUCAGAGCUAAUAAGAUAUUUGAUUUAAACACCUACAUCACAAGCAGCGAUGUUUAUAAUGCGGUCCUCAAGAUUCCUUAUGUGCACAUCUCUGGAACACACACGCAUAGAGCGUUGGAGAUGGUGAUUACAGAUCAAAUGUUCAGCAGGGAGAGAGGCGGAAGGGACGAAGCUUAUGACGUGGUCAUUGUUAUAACAGACGGGAGGUCAAACUUCCCCAACAAAACAUAUGAAGCCGCCUCAGAGCUGAAGAAGUUAGGAAUCACUAUCAUGUCUAUUGGUGUCGGUAAAGAAAUCAGUAUGACUGAGCUUCAAGGCAUGGCCAGCAGUCCUAAUCUGAUCAUCUUGGCUAAAGACUAUCCAUCUUUAGAUAUAAUCAAGUCAAAGUUGAUUCAAAGAGUUUGCGAAAUUCCAGAACAUAUGAAUUCUACUGUAUCAGUUGGAUUAAUGACGAAAAUUACAGCACUACAACGUGAAGAAACUUCUGGCAAUCUUUUGGCAGUACCCUAACAAUGCCAGCCGUGUGUUUCCAUGGAUAUGAUGAACUAGAAACAACAGCGUCACGAAAAUGAGACAGACUUAAUGACUUUACAUUUUUAACUACAUUACAAAAAUAAAUGUUAUUUUCACGUGAA